AUGGAAGAAAACCCGACCGACAAAAUCUCGUAUCUAUUCCCUCCACCUUCCUCUUACAUUUUACUUGGCCUCUCUUCGUCCCUCAUUCUGUCUUUUUCUUUCCUUCAACUCUCUCUCUCUCUCAUUUCUCCAUUUUCUUUUCUUAUCUGUUCUCUCUCGGUGUCAUAUUUGCUUUUCUUUGUCGCGUCUUUUGUUGUCGUUUCCUAUUCUUUUUCUCUCUUAGACUUCAAUCUUCUCCUCCUCUUCUCUUUCUUCUACUUCACUCUAUCACGUGUCACUUGCUCACUCUCUCCUACUUCCCUCACUCCUCUGUCUAUUUUCCUUCACUUCUUUUUUUUCUUUCUCUCUCUCUUAUCCCGGGUAUUUAUGUUAUUUUGUCUCUCACGCUUUUUAAUCUCUCUCAUAUUUACUUUUCUUUUUCUAUAUAAACCAUUUUUUGUCUAUAUGAACCUUCUACAUUUUUUUUGUCUCAGUUCUUCACUGCGUUGUAAAACACUCAGUUUUUCUUUCUUUCUUUCUUUCUUUCUUUCUUUCUUUCUUUCUAUCUUCCAUUCUUUCUUUCUCCCAGCCUUUUCUUCUUUUUGCCUUUUUACUUCCCGCUUUUUUCAUUUCUUUUUCUUUCUAUGGUUCUUUCCUCCUUUCUUUCACCAUUUGUAUUUAUUCGCUUUCUUAUUCACUAUUUAUUUUCUUCAAUUCUUCUCUCUCUCCCCUUUGAUCAGUACCCAUUCUUUCUUUCAUUCUUUUGCACAUAUGCCAAAGCGCAUUUUGUUUUUAGUUCCAUCUACAUGUUCACCUAUGUUUCCUUUCCUUCAUUUCUCUUUCCGAUCAAGGUUUUUCUUGUUGCUCGGUGCACUAGUGAAAGCAACGGGCGACGGCUCACGUCUCAGACCUUCAAACUGCCUCCUUCUUCACUGUCCAUAUCUCCACAAAAUCACGGAAAAGGAAACGAAUCCUCCUGAGUCUGACGCCGGCAUCAUUAUCGCAACUUCAUUUGGAGAGCUCAAUCUUAUCGCUCCCUCGCUUUCUCUCUCUCUCCUCCUCUCUUACUCUCUUUCUCUCUCUUGA